AUGCUCAUCCCGGCAGCUCUGGCAGGAGUCAUAAACAAGGACAAUGUUGAUGCCAUCAAAGCAAAGUACAUCAUCAAAGCUGCUAACCACCCAACAGACCCCAAGGCCGAAGAGAUUCUGGCAAAGAAGGGCGUGCUGAUCCUACCGGACAUACUGGCCAACUCCGGCGGAGUGAUGGUGAGCUACUUCGAGUGGGUGCAGAAUCUCCAGGGGUUCAUGUGGGACGAGGAGAAGGUGAAUCGGGAGCUCAAGACGUACAUGACCCGCGCCUCAAACAUGUUCUGA